UCGUAGUAGGCGGAGGCAAGAAGCCACACACACACACUGGAGGGAACCCCAUCAGCUGUGGAAAGCAACACAGCUUGAAUUUACUUCAGUUUUUCUAACGCUCUUCUUCAGAUCAACCGAUUUCCCGUCGUUACUUGUCGAUAUGUGUUAUUGAUGAGCACAGCGAGGUCUCUGUGGAAGAAACGAUCAUCUUAUUUGAACGAGGAGAGCGCUGGAGGGAAAAGAAAACAGAAAACACGGACUACAGAAGGUGGCUUUGAAAGCAUGGAAUAUUUCAUGAUGCCGACAGAGAAGAUACCGUCCUUACAGCAGUUCAAGAAGACGGAGAAGGAUGUUAUCGGAGGUCUCUGCAGUCUGGCCAACAUCCCCCUCAGUCCAGAGACGGCCCAGGACCAGGAGAGACGAAUCCGCCGCGAAAUCGCCAACAGCAACGAACGCCGGCGUAUGCAGAGCAUCAAUGCAGGAUUCCAGUCCCUCAAAACACUCCUGCCACACACAGACGGAGAGAAACUCAGCAAGGCGGCCAUUCUGCAGCAGACAGCCGACUACAUCUUUACCUUAGAGCAGGAAAAAACGCAGCUCCUGGCACAGAACAACCAGUUUAAACGCUUCAUCCAGGAGUUUAGCGGCUCAUCGCCUAAAAGGAGGCGAGCAGAAGAGAAGGACGAAGGCAUUGGAUCUCCGGACACGCUGGAGGAAGAGAAGGUCGAAGAGCUGAGGAGGGAGAUGUUGGAGCUUCGGCAGCAGCUGGACAAAGAGCGUUCAGCUCGCAUGCAGCUGGAGGAGCAGGUGCGCUCUCUGGACACCCAGCUGCACCCGGAGCGUCUGAAGGUGAUCACCCAGCAGGUGGAGGAGGAGCAGGCACUCAUCCAGAGCCAGACGCUGUUGCGGCUACAGCAGAUCCACGCCGCCGACAGACAAACACACAGUCCACAGGUGCUGGCCCCUCCCCCUCCCCCCGCCCCCACCCACCACCCCACGGUCAUCGUCCCAGCUCCAACACUAACCCAGCACCCCCACCAUCACGUCACUGUGGUGACCAUGAGCCCGUCUGCCCACACCAGCACGGUGUCCACAUCCAGACAGAACCUGGACACCAUCGUGCAGGCCAUCCAGCACAUCGAACGCACUCAGGAGAGGAGAGCGAGCGCCGAGGAGGAGCAGAGACGAGCCGUCAUCGUCAGCCCCGCCCACGUCACCAUGGACACCGCCUGCUCAGACACAGACACGGACACAGAGGGAGAGGACUGCUCAAUGAACUGAUCCAUCCCCCCACCCCCCAUCAAAUCCCACCUACACACACGCAAACACUUAAAAUACCUAUUCACUGUAAGAUUCCCUCCAGGAGCUUGACUACUUUUUAAGAAAAAAAAAAAAGAAAAAAAAAUCUCUCUUUGGCAUUAUCCAAACUCCUAAAUCCAGUGGUUAAGCUCUGUGUCAGUCUUGUACUGUAAAAUCUCUGAAUAUUGAAAACGUAGGAUGGUCAGCGUGCAGAGGAGGCCCUGCGGGAGUUCUAGAGGCUGUUUUUCAAUGUCAGAGCCGGUCUGUGGCUACUUGAAAACUUAAGGGUCUUUUCGUGUAAAAAAGCUGUCAGCAUCAGUCCGCCCUUCAUGUGUGUUUAUGUGUGCUACAUACAGUCGCAGUAUCAAACUUUACCCCCUCGUCGCUGGCACACUGACAGUAUUACUCGUGCUACAAAUCGAUGGAGUCGGUAUAAUGGAGAGUUGAAUGUAACAACACAAUAAGCAAGCAGCUCUUGAUUCUGAAAUGAGGUAUUAAGUUGCAGUUUCUUCCCCCCCCCCGUCGUAUUUUUUAUUUUAUUUUUUCGUGUGUGUGUGUGUGUUAUUUCAGUGCCAGUGGCCGUGAAACCCAACUUAAAAAGGCUUUUUAGAAAUUUCAGAAUUUGGGACAAAUUCUUGUAAUCGCAGAGAUGAAUUCGAGGAUACGCGUCAAACAAAAUUAUGUCUGAUUUACUUGAAAAAGAAAAAAAAACUGUUGUCUUUAAUAUCUAAAUAAGCCCUUAAAGAAAAUAAGCUGUUGAACAACUUACAUCGGUCGUCUUUCGGUUGUUGUGUUUUCCGAGUUUUUGUUAGCAUUUACUUUGUGUCAGGGUUACUGAAUGCUGAAGGUGAACAUUUUGUUAAAUUGAGAUUAACAAAUUGGAGGUUUUCACAGGGAACCGGUUGCCCUGAGAUGAAUUUUUUCGGAUUUCAGUUGUGAGCCAACCAUCCCGUUUAUUUGUUAUCUACUAGUGACAGCGUGUGUCGUACUCUUAACAGAAGAAAAAA